AUGGCUUCCAUUCUGGAUGGUCAAGGCAUCGGUGAGCAAGAAGCAGAACUUGAUGCUUUAGGGAUGCUCGCAGACCUACGGUCCUUUCGCAAGAAUCGGGCCCAAAACUCUGCCGAUCUCGGACCCCGAUACUCGAAAAGAGAAAACCCAGGCCUCGAGAGCUCCAUUGACGCCCACGUAACGGGAUCUCUGAACCUCAUCGACGUAGAAUACUUGCAGCGACCUGGGAUGCGCUUCCGCUCAGUUGACCUUUCCGGGACGCUGGGCUGUUUCGCCCUCGACGUCAUCACCGACAUUGCCUUUGGCUCCUCCGGUGGCGACGUGAAGACCAAUGCGGACGUCUUCGAUUUCUUUUCCAACGUCGCGGCAUUCGUGCUAGUCACAAGCCUGACCGCCGUGAUCACUUCUCAAAAUCACAGAAAUACCUUGGUCGAACGAAAUGGUGGCGCCGAGUUUUUGGCUAAAGUUGCGGUCGAGAAGCGGUACUCCACUACCACACAAUUAUCGGAACGGCUCGACAUGCUUGCAGCCUUCAAGAUGCAUGGUCUCACAAAGGAGGAAGCUGAGAUUGAAUCGGUAUCCUAA